UAACCUAGAAAAAAAAUUUAAUGAAAUCUUCAAGCUAGGUGCAGUCAAUUAAUUAGGUCCAAUAAGCAGCCAGAAGGCUUGAAAAACCAGCUGUACCAGAUGAUGGGUACCCCACGAACGAUCCAUCUUUAUCAUCCUCGGUGGCCAUAUCCAAUUCCUCCCCCAACAUGUGUGGUGUUCAACCAUGCAUCGUAAACCCUCUUCCGACCUUCAUCAGAUAAAUCACAAAUUGAAAAAAGAAAAUGCAUAUUUUAAAAAUCCAAAAAGUCAUUGCAUCCACACUGAAUAUUUAAAACCCUAGCAGGAGGAGGAAUUCAACCAGAAGACGAUUGAAGAAGAAGACAUGGGGGUUGUGGAAGAAGCUCACAACGUCAAGGUGUUGGGAUCGGGGGAACAGAUUGUUGUGCUAGGGCACGGAUUCGGUACGGACCAAUCGGUGUGGAAGCACCUGGUUCCUCACCUCGUGAACGACCACCGCGUCGUUCUCUACGACAACAUGGGCUCCGGCACCACCAAUCCCGAGUUCUUCGACUUCGAUCGCUACUCCACCAUCGAAGGCUACGCCUUCGACCUUCUCGCCAUUCUCCAGGAGCUCGGCGUCGACUCCUGCAUCUUCGUCGGCCACUCUGUUUCCGCCAUGGUCGGCGCCAUUGCCUCCAUCUCCCGCCCCGAUCUUUUCUCCAAAAUCAUCAUGAUCUCCGGUUCUCCUAGGUAUUUAAACGAUGUGGAUUACUACGGUGGAUUCGAGCAGGAAGAGCUGGAUGAGCUGUUCGAAGCAAUGCAAUCGAAUUACAAGGCCUGGUGCUCGGGAUUCGCGCCGUUGGUGGUGGGCGACGACAUGACCUCCGCCGCCGUUCAGGAAUUCAGCCGGACCUUGUUCAAUAUGAGACCGGACAUAACCUUGAUGGUGGGGAAGAUCAUAUUCCUGAGCGAUUUCCGGCACAUACUAGGCCUCGUCACCGUCCCCUGCCACAUCAUACAGAGCAAGAAGGACCUAGCCGUGCCGGUGGUGGUAUCGGAGUACCUGCACCAGAACCUCGGCGGCGAGUCCAUCGUCGAAGUCAUGUCCUCCCAAGGUCACCUCCCCCAGUUGAGCUCGCCGGAUAUCGUAAUUCCGGUGCUGCUCCGCCACAUUCGUGAGGACAUCGCCCUUUGAUUUGUAGGUUUGAGUUGCUGUUUGCAUUUUAAUUGGAAGUUUUAACUUUCAUCUUUUAAAUUUGUUCGAAGUAUUUUGGAUUGGACGAUUGAAACUUGAAAGAUCGUCUGUAUGAUGACUACAUGUCGCCUUACGGUGAUCUAAUGAUUUGGAUCCCACACGUUUGGUUCAGAUGGUUUAUUGAUGAGACAAAAAAGUAACAGCUGAGUACAUUAUCA